GAUCUAGCCUGAGUCUCGAGUCUGGAGUCGCGUCGAUCGCAGUCCGCAGUUCGCAAUUAAAUCGCGAGAAGUUCCCAACAGAGAAUAGCCAUGGUCAAGACGUCCGCCAGCCUGGGAAAGAGCAUCUUGCUGGGAGUUCUGGUGUUCCUGGUUGUCGCACUUCUCACCGAGGCUGCGCCCUUCCAGGAGCUGGAGCCCCGCAAAGGUCAUGUGCCCGUCUACAUCCGACAUGGCGAUGAGCCGCUCAGCGAAAUCCAUCCAGGACUGGCCGAGGCCUUCAAGGAGGCCGAAUCGAAGAGUCUCGUCACCGAAUCUCCCCAGGCGGAAACUACAAACCCACCAGCCACAUCCGAUGCUCCUGCUCCGACCAGCUCCACGGUAUCGGAUAUAGCCAGCUUUGAGGCCAUCAAAGGAAAAACGGAUUAAAGCAUUGAAUAAAUGCAGAAUUGCCGCUUAAACUUAUUUCUACGAGUCUACGUGUUAAGUCCAUCAAACCAAUCAGCAUUGAAAUGCUAUAUAUUUAAAAGCAAAAUAAAUAUUUAACUUACUUAAUACUUUAUAAGGGGAAGUAAACACUCCUGAGCUUUAAUGACUUAUUUUUAAGAGGCGUAAUUCAAAGGAGUUGAAAUCAAAUGGCAACCAAUCGCUUCUCAAUAAAUCAUUUGCACCAUUAAUUUCACUUAUGUGGUCACUGCAAAAAUAUGACAACUAUUUCGCUAUUAAUCAUGGGUUAAAU